AUCUCACCAGAAGAAGGGCAGGAGACAACCUACCCCCAAACCAGCGACUUUUAUCGAGUGGAGCCUGACUUACCUGCCAAGUUUAAUCACCCGGAGACAUGGAGACCAGGAUAUAGAACCAAGCCUGGCAAUCCUCUGUACAGGACCACAAAUCAAACAUAUGGUAGUAGGCCACCUACUGUGCAUGAGAUGCCGACAAAGUUUAAAGGAGUUUCUGACAAGUUUUCAGAAGCUGCUACAAAAUGCGGCAAUUAUAGAAACAACGGACUCAACACACACACAGAGAAAAGUUUUGUGACGGGACCAGACAAUCUAAUCACCUUCCAUGACAGGCUACAACAUCAGUGGGCCAUCACAAUCAGCUUGAUUACCAUUGAUUUGACAUAA